UUUUUUUUUUUUUUUACGCGAAGUAACUUUUGCAUUCCCGCCUCCCCCGAGUCCUGGGGACCAGAGGCGGUGCCGAGCCUGGGGGCGGUUCUUUGGCAGCGUAGAUUCUUGUCAGAGCCAGACUUUUGCUCCUGGGCUCGGUUUGCAUCAUCCCCAUCACACCCUCUGGAGAGAGGAGCCAGCCCCCUUUCAGCCUCAGCUUCCGGCACGGAGCCGACCCCUCCCUCUCCCAGGCCCCUUCCCCUUCCCCGUCCCUCUGUGGCCCCCCGCAUCUUGUUAGUCCUCUCCCUCCACUCCGCAGCAUUUUCUGUCUCUCUCCCUCCUCUCCUCCAUUCGUCGUUUUAUGUUUCCCACUCUUUGAGGAAGGAUGGUUGAUUUGGAGAGCGAAGUGCCCCCUCUGCCUCCCAGGUACAGGUUUCGGGAUUUGCUGCUAGGGGACCAAGGAUGGCAAAACGACGACAGGGUACAAGUUGAAUUCUAUAUGAAUGAAAACACAUUUAAAGAGAGACUAAAGUUAUUUUUUAUCAAAAACCAGAGAUCAAGUCUAAGAAUUCGUCUAUUCAAUUUUUCUCUCAAAUUAUUAAGCUGCUUAUUAUACAUAAUCCGAGUGCUACUAGAAAACCCUUCACAAGGAAAUGAAUGGUCUCAUAUCUUUUGGGUGAACAGAAGUCUACCGUUAUGGGGCUUACAGGUUUCAGUGGCAUUGAUAAGUUUAUUUGAAACAAUACUACUUGGUUAUCUCAGUUAUAAGGGAAACAUCUGGGAACAGAUUUUACGAAUACCCUUCAUCUUGGAAAUAAUUAAUGCGGUUCCCUUCAUUAUCUCAAUCUUUUGGCCUUCCUUAAGGAAUCUAUUUGUCCCUGUCUUUCUAAACUGUUGGCUUGCCAAACAUGCCUUGGAAAAUAUGAUUAAUGAUCUGCACAGAGCCAUUCAGCGUACACAAUCCGCGAUGUUUAAUCAAGUUUUGAUUUUAAUAUCUACAUUACUAUGCCUUAUCUUCACCUGCAUUUGUGGAAUCCAACAUCUGGAACGAAUAGGGAAGAAGCUGAAUCUCUUUGACUCCCUUUACUUCUGCAUUGUGACAUUUUCCACUGUGGGCUUUGGGGAUGUCACCCCUGAAACAUGGUCCUCCAAACUUUUUGUCGUUGCCAUGAUUUGUGUUGCUCUUGUGGUUCUACCCAUACAGUUUGAACAGCUGGCCUAUUUGUGGAUGGAAAGACAAAAGUCAGGUGGAAACUAUAGUCGACAUAGAGCUCAAACUGAGAAGCAUGUUGUUCUGUGUGUCAGUUCACUGAAGAUUGAUUUACUUAUGGACUUUUUAAAUGAAUUCUAUGCUCACCCAAGACUUCAGGAUUAUUAUGUGGUGAUUUUGUGUCCUACUGAAAUGGAUGUGCAAGUUCGAAGGGUACUGCAGAUUCCAAUGUGGUCACAAAGAGUGAUCUACCUUCAAGGCUCAGCCCUUAAAGAUCAGGAUCUGUUGAGAGCAAAGAUGGAUGAUGCUGAGGCCUGUUUUAUUCUGAGCAGCCGUUGUGAAGUGGAUAGGACAUCAUCUGACCACCAAACAAUUUUGAGAGCAUGGGCUGUAAAAGAUUUUGCUCCAAAUUGCCCUUUGUAUGUCCAGAUAUUAAAGCCUGAAAAUAAAUUCCAUAUCAAAUUUGCUGAUCAUGUUGUUUGUGAAGAAGAGUUUAAAUACGCCAUGUUAGCUUUAAACUGUAUAUGCCCGGCAACAUCUACACUUAUUACACUACUGGUUCAUACCUCUAGAGGGCAAGAAGGCCAGCAAUCGCCAGAACAGUGGCAGAAGAUGUACGGUAGAUGCUCUGGCAAUGAAGUUUACCACAUUGUUUUGGAAGAAAGUACAUUUUUUGCUGAGUACGAAGGAAAGAGUUUUACAUAUGCCUCUUUUCAUGCACACAAAAAGUUUGGCGUCUGCUUGAUUGGUGUUCGGAGGGAAGAUAAUAAAAACAUUUUGCUGAAUCCAGGUCCUCGAUAUAUUAUGAAUGCUACAGAUAUAUGUUUUUAUAUUAAUAUUACCAAAGAAGAGAAUUCAGCAUUUAAAAACCAAGACCAGCAGAAAAGAAGCAAUGUACCAAGGUCAUUUUAUCAUGGACCUUCUCGAUUACCUGUACAUAGCAUAAUUGCCAGCAUGGGUACUGUGGCUAUAGACUUGCAAGACACAAGCUGUAGAUCAACAAGUGGCCCCACCCUGUCUCUUCCUACGGAGGGAAGCAAAGAAAUCAGAAGACCUAGCAUUGCUCCCGUUUUAGAGGUUGCAGAUACAUCAUCAAUUCAAACAUGUGAUCUUCUAAGUGAUCAAUCAGAAGAUGAAACUACACCAGAUGAAGAAAUGUCCGCAAACUUAGAAUAUGCUAAAGGCUACCCACCUUACUCUCCAUAUAUAGGAAGUUCACCCACUUUUUGUCAUCUCCUUCAUGAAAAAGUGCCAUUUUGCUGCUUAAGACUAGACAAGAGUUGCCAGCAUAACUACUAUGAGGACGCAAAAGCCUAUGGAUUCAAAAAUAAGCUAAUUAUAGUUGCAGCUGAAACAGCUGGAAAUGGAUUGUAUAAUUUUAUUGUUCCUCUCAGGGCAUAUUAUAGACCAAAGAAAGAACUUAAUCCCAUAGUACUGCUAUUGGACAACCCGCCAGAUAUGCAUUUUCUGGAUGCAAUCUGUUGGUUUCCAAUGGUUUACUACAUGGUGGGCUCUAUUGACAACCUAGAUGAUUUACUCAGGUGUGGAGUGACUUUUGCUGCCAACAUGGUGGUUGUGGACAAAGAGAGUACCAUGAGUGCGGAGGAAGACUACAUGGCAGACGCCAAAACGAUUGUAAAUGUGCAGACCCUUUUCAGGUUGUUUUCCAGUCUCAGUAUUAUCACAGAACUUACUCACCCAGCCAACAUGAGAUUCAUGCAAUUCAGAGCCAAAGACUGUUACUCUCUUGCUCUUUCAAAACUGGAAAAGAAAGAACGAGAGAAAGGUUCUAAUUUGGCCUUUAUGUUUCGACUGCCUUUUGCUGCUGGGAGGGUGUUUAGCAUCAGUAUGUUGGACACUCUUCUCUAUCAGUCAUUUGUAAAGGAUUAUAUGAUUUCUAUCACCAGACUUCUGUUGGGAUUGGACACUACUCCGGGAUCAGGGUUUCUUUGUUCUAUGAAAAUCACUGAGGAUGACCUGUGGAUCCGAACUUAUGCCAGACUUUACCAGAAGCUGUGCUCCUCUACCGGAGACGUUCCCAUUGGAAUCUACAGGACUGAAUCUCAGAAACUUGCUACAUCUGAGUCUCGAGAAACAGCAUCACAAUCUCAGAUAUCCAUCAGCGUAGAAGAGUGGGAAGACACCAAAGACUCCAAAGAACAAAGUCAUCACCGAAGCAACCACCGCAACUCAACAUCCAGUGACCAGUCAGACCAUCCCUUACUGCGGAGAAAGAGCAUGCAGUGGGCCCGAAGACUGAGCAGAAAAGGUCCAAAACACUCUGGUAAAACAGCUGAGAAAAUAACCCAGCAGCGACUGAACCUCUACAGGAGGUCAGAAAGACAAGAGCUUGCUGAACUUGUGAAAAAUAGAAUGAAACACUUGGGUCUUUCUACAGUGGGAUAUGAUGAAAUGAAUGAUCAUCAAAGUACCCUCUCCUACAUCCUGAUUAACCCAUCUCCAGAUACCAGACUAGAGCUGAACGAUGUUGUAUACUUAAUCCGACCAGAUCCGCUGGCAUACCUUCCAAACAGUGAGCCCAGUAGAAAAAACAGCAUCUGCAAUGCCAUGGGUCAAGACUCUCGGGAGGAAACUCAGCUUUGAUAAAAGGAAGAUAAGAGACCCUUUUUCCCUACAAAAAUCUUGCUUGAAACCACUCUAAAUCUUAGGGGAAGAAUGAGUGGUGCUGGCAUGAAAGAAACACGAUCAGAAUAUAUCAGUUUACUCGUAUUAAAAGCAAUCUAUUCUCUUAGAAGUCUAGAUUAUUUUGAAAUUUAAAGUGUUGCUUAUUGGUACUCCUCCUAUUAAUAUCUGAAAGACAUCAAUGGAAUGAUUUUAAAAACCUAAAUUAAAACACAAAAAUUUAAAUCGGGUAUUUGUUUGACAAUAAUCCAAACUGUACAAAGCUAAUUUUUAAAAGUAUUAAGGUUUUAUGAAAGUAAACAGAAAAUCCAACUAUAUUUGGUGCAUCACAAUGGACAUAGAAGAUUGUGGCUCCUCUUAAAAAUUAAAGUCAUAUUAUAUUCUUUAAACUUGCCGUUUUAUAAAAUUGAGCUCAUCAUAAAUGUCUAGCAUCUACACAGAGAUUAACCAACAAACUUGUGUGGCUGACUUUUGUGUAAGACUCAUAGUUUGCUUCAGAGUAUAAAUCUUUAAAUCAUUUUAACCUUUUUCGUUGCCUUUUCAUAUGAUAUCAUAUUCAUUUUAGAAUUUGAGAUGUUCACAGCAUGUUUUAAAACAGUGAGGAAACCAAAACAAACAAAAAAAAUCAAGUACCUGAACUUUUUGCUAACUUAUGUCUGACAUACAUUGUAUGCCAAGAAAAGUGUUAAGAAGCAAAUAUUUAUUAUUCUCCUAAAAGAAUGCCUACCAGAGAAAAUACUAAAAACACAUAUGUUGACUUAAAUUGAAGCCAAGAAUUAAAACAUUAACUGGUUUUCAUUAAGCUCUUGAGCUUUAAUAUUUUCACAAUCUAUAUAGUAUAUUUCAUUAGAAAGAAACUUUAAAAUUCAAGCAGGCAAAAUUAUACCUUUUAUGGAAUACAAGGACAUUCCAAAACAUUAAAAGUUCUCCUCUAUGCUUUGGUAUUGAAAUACACGCAAAACAAUGGUAUGUUAAAAAAUUUGUUUUAAUUUUGAAAAAUCAU